AUGACGAUGAAGUGUCAUGCCAGUCUUUUGCUGGGGAUCCUCGCCGUCUGGGGGUCUCCCUGCUCGGCGCAGUUCACCAACUGGCAACAGCAUCAGAUCAAUACAAGCAUAUGCUACUGGUCACAGCCUCGAGCCACCUUGAUAAGAGACACGGUAUACCUCGAUGGAGGUGACAUAUGGUGGUCUCCCGGGUUCGACUCGGGGAACCUAGGGACCGUUGUUAGUGAUGGCAACCUUCAGGGAAUCAUCCUCGCGUACAAUCUUAGCGAUUCCUUCUCCCCCGACACCAACGUCACAGCGUUACUUCUCAAGAAUGAGUUCUCCAAAGCCAGGGGCGGCAAGCUGGACAGCAUUAGCUCCGAACCCAACUUCCAGGACGGAGCCCUCCUCGGAAAUGACGCCGAGUUCUUCUUGUACGGCGGCAUCAUGCUCAAAAACAGCGCCCUGUACGAAGAGCCAGCCGCGGAUGCCGUUCUCAAGUACACGGCGUACAAAUAUGGCGUAGAUAAGCCACUGUUCAAGACGGGGCUGCUCGACGUGCGCCUCAACAGCGGCGUAAAUCGUUACGUCGCCUACGGCGCCGGUGUCAGUGUGCCGUCGGAGAACAUGGCGUGGUACUUUUCGGGUUUGACGUCGCCAAGUCGCGGGCCUUUCUACUUGAACGCCGCCAACGCAUCUACGAGGGCACUCAAUGUGUCCAACACCCUGAUCUCGCUGGACCUGACGACACAGCUGAGCGAGAAGUGGAGCAACGAUACGCUUCCAGACAAAGUCAAGGGUCGCUCCAAUGCAGAGUUGGUCUGGGUGCCGGUUGGUAAGCGCGGCAUAUUGGUCGUCCUCGGGGGCGUCGUUUACCCCGAAUGGGCGUGGAUGACCAAGACGCACACGUCGUCCGACGAAGAUGCUAGUACAAAGCAGAGCCCCGAGUUUAUGCGCACCAUCGACAUCUACGACAUUGACAGCAAGAAAUGGUACCAACAGUCAACCAAAGACGGCCCCAGCACCCGCGCUAGAGGCUGCGCCGUUGUCGGCACAGCCGACGAUCGCUCGAGCUUCAAUAUCUACUACUACGGUGGUUUCGAUGGCAUACAUCCUACCAACGAUUUCUACGACGACGUAUGGGUGCUGUCGCUGCCGUCUUUUACGUGGACACAGCUCAGUAACGGGACAGCGCUCCACGCCCGUGCUGGCCACAAGUGCUUCGCGCCGUACCCAGAUCAGAUGAUGGUUUUCGGCGGCUAUACCCCCACUCCUGGCGCCCUGCCUUCGUGUCUAGAUAAGGGUCCGAUUGUUCUCUUCAACAUCACAAGCGGUCAAUGGCUCGACUCGUACGAUCCAUCAAAGUAUGGCAAGUACGGCGUUCACGAGAAAAUAUAUUCCGUCAUUGGCGGCGGCGCUUCGGGUGGCGCCACGAAGACGAAGCCUGCUUCUGGAUGGGAGACGGCGGCCCUCGGCGAUGUGUUCGCGACGAAGUACGACACGAGCAAGAUCAAGACGUACUGGCCAUACAAUUCUGCGACGCCCACGGGCCGGCCAGACCUGCCGCAAGAAGACUCUGGAAGCAGUGGCAGUAAGAAGAAUGUCAUCAUUCCGGCCGUGGUGGUUCCCGUCAUUGCUUUGAUAGGCGCCGGCCUGGCUCUUUUCUGGUGCAUGCGUCGACGCCGGCAACGUGGGAGCAGUGUCUCCAAGGACUCAACCGAUGAAGCUGGAAACCGCAUCCGAUCCUGGAUCAGGGGUCAAAACGCCGCCAAAUCCUUUACUGUUACGAGCUCCGAGGCCGCCUACCCGAGUCCGACUCCGGAGAUGGCCAAGGUUACAGCAUUGUAUCCGCCCGUCUCGCCUGAGCCAGAGCCAUCAGUCCAUCACGAGAUGGCCGAUACCCAAGUUGCGGAGCUUGGCGACACAUCGCCUCCCGUGGAGCUUCACGACACGGGACUGACCCCCGUCGAGGUGAUACAAAAGCACUCCAACUUUGGGCGCAACGGCACUCGGUCGCCGUCAAACCCCUCCAACAGCUCCUUUUCCGGCAUGGGGGACAACACCAGCUUUGUCUCUGGUUCCAGCGCUCGUGUCGACUCACCCGUGGUCCCCCACGCGGCCAUGCAGAUGGGCUCCUUGGGAGGCGCGAGACCGACGCCGCCGCCCCCCGUGGUGCCCGAGUCGCCGGUCAGGGGGUUGGCCGAGGAAGAAGGACCCGUCGGUUCGCCGGCCCCGGUCUCGCCGCCAACCUCGGGCGAGGCGCGUGGCGAGGAUUACCUGUCAGCCGGGGAGGUUGCGAGCGCCUCGCGCAAGAAGAGCAUCUUCCGGGAGAAUGACGAGGACAUGGGAGGGCAUCGGUAG